CUCCGAUCGCCAGGCUACCUACCUUCUUCUUCCCCUUCCUCGCAAGAACUCCUCUCCUCUUCUCUCCUCUUCUUUUCCUCUAGUCUCGCUCUUCCCCACGUCAAAGCCCUAAUCCUAAUCCCUCCGUUUUCAUGGAUCCAUCCGCGUCCUCCUCCUCCGCCGCUGAUCAGGUCGUCCGGCGGGCCGCCGUCAUCGCCCGGCACCUGCGGGAGCACGCCGGCGGGACGCCAUCCGCUUCCCCCUUUCUCGUGCCUGCCGCCUGCCUCUGCUACUCUCCUCCCGAGGUCUCGGAGAAGGCGGCCUUCGACUCGCGCGAGAUGCGGCGGCUCAUGGACGACCACGAUCUGGAGGCAAGGGACUGGCUGUUCCGGGUGAUGGAGGAGAACCGUCUGUUCUGCCCCCGUCGGCGGGGCGGGGAGAAGGCCUUCGUCGCGCCGGACUACAACCAGACCAAGGAGCAGCAGCGCGAGGCGACGAUGCGCCGGAUCGAGUACCUGUUGGGCCGCGGCGUGUUCGAAGGGUGGCUCACCGGCCGGGGACUCGAGGCCGAGAUGAGAAAGUUUGCGCUUUUCGAGUGUGUCGGGAUCUAUGAUCACUCCAUCGCCAUCAAGCUCGGAGUUCAGUUCUUUCUCUGGGGAGGUGCAAUCCAGUUUUUGGGCACGAAGCGGCAUCAUGAUAAGUGGUUGAAGGACACUGAAAAUUAUGUUGUCAAGGGUUGUUUUGCAAUGACCGAGUUGGGGCAUGGGAGCAAUGUUCGUGGAAUCGAGACAAUAGCCACUUAUGAUUCAAACACUGAAGAAUUUGUUAUAAGCACUCCUUGUGAAUCAGCUCAGAAGUAUUGGAUUGGAGGAGCUGCUAAACAUGCUACACAUACUAUAAUCUUCUCUCAGCUCCAUAUUAAUGGAACUAGUCAAGGGGUCCAUGCAUUCAUAGCCCAGAUCAGAGAUGCAGAUGGAAAUAUAUGCCCCAACAUACGCAUAGCUGACUGUGGUCACAAGAUUGGGUUGAAUGGAGUUGACAAUGGCCGGAUAUGGUUUGAUAAUCUCCGGGUCCCUCGAGAGAACUUGCUAAACUCAGUUGCUGAUGUAUUGCCAGAUGGGCAAUAUGUUAGCUCAAUAAAAGACCCAGAUCAGCGAUUUGCAGCUUUUCUGGCCCCACUGACUUCUGGCCGUAUAAAUAUUGCAGUUAGUUCAGUUUAUAUGUCAAAGGUAGGUUUAGCGAUUGCAAUGAGAUAUUCUCUUACAAGGCGAGCUUUCUCUAUCUCACCAAAUGGCCCAGAAGUUCUAUUGCUUGACUAUCCUAGUCAUCAACGACGUCUUUUACCCCUAAUUGCAAAGACAUGUGCCAUGAGUUGUGCAGCGAACUUUCUGAAGAGUAUGUUUGUAAGAAGGACUCCAGAGGCAAACAAAACCAUACACAUUUACUCCAGUGCUCUUAAAGCUACAUUAACCUGGCAGAACAUGAGAACACUUCAGGAGUGCCGUGAAGCCUGUGGGGGACAAGGCUUAAAGACAGAGAACCGUAUUGGGAUUCUGAAAGGGGAAUAUGAUGUGCAGUCCACCUUUGAGGGAGAUAAUAAUGUACUGAUGCAACAGGUUAGCAAAGCACUUCUUGGAGAAUAUAUUGCAGUUCAGAAGAGGAAGAAACCAUUUAAGGGGUUGGGAUUGGAACACAUGAAUGAUCCUAGCCCUGUUGUUCCAGCUAAUCUGACAAGCUGUACUCUUAGAAGCAUAAUGUUCCAGACUGACCUGUUCUGCUUGCGAGAGCGAGAUUUGCUAAACCGCUUUGCCAGUGAAGUAUCUCAGUAUCAAAAUCAUGGUGAAAGCAAAGUGAAUGCCGUCAACCUAAGUUAUCAGCUUGCUGAAGAACUAGCUCGAGCAUUUACUGAGCGCAGAAUAUUACAAACUUUCAUGGACACUGAGAUGACCUUGCCUGCAGGUGCACUGAAGGAUGUUUUUGGAUUGUUGAGGUCCAUGUAUGCCUUGGUUUGUGUGGAAGAAGAUGCAUCUUUCCUCCGAUAUGGGUACUUGUCACUUGGCAAUGCUGCUGCUGUGAGGAAAGAAGUGAUGAAGCUGUGCGCCGAUCUGAGGCCUCAUGUACUCGCAGUGGUCAGCUCCUUUGGGAUCCCUGAUGCUUUCCUGAGCCCAAUAGCUUUUGACUGGAUUGAGGCAAACUCGUGGUCUUUCUUGAACACCGAUUGAGAUUAUCGUCUCUGACUUCCAGGGUCCGAAUCUGGCAGCCACCCCCCGUUGCGUUGGAUUUCAUACUGUCAAUAAAGAGACAAAGUUCUCCUGUAACAUGCAUAAUAAAUGAUAAUAAAAAAAAGACAUGCAUAAUAAAUCA